AUGGAUAUCGUACAAUUGUUGAGUAAUCCAAUUUCGACGGGAAAUACUCUAAAAUCAAACUCAUCGUCGCCACCUUCAUCAGCUAACAAUAGACAAGAACAGAUGUAUUAUCAAUCAACAAAAUACAAUUAUAAUAAUCUUGCCAAUAGAAACAACCACAACAAUAAUAACACACCGCAAGAAUCAUUAUAUAAAGGAGAUAAUAAUUUACCGUCUAUCUCAUAUAAACUUGAAUCGACAAAUCAUCAGCAGCCAUAUCAUCAUCCCAAUUCGACGUAUCGUCAAAAUCAGACUCCUUUGUUAUCUCAGCAACCACCACCACCACAGCACCAUCAUCAUCCAAUUCCAAAUCAACAUCAACAUCUCAACGUUCCCGCACCACCAACUCACACACACUCGCAAACACCGAACCGUCGGUUAGCUCACAUUCUAUCAGAACAAAAAAGACGAGAAAAUAUUAAUUCUGGAUUUGAGGAAUUAAAAAAUAUCGUACCCACUUGUCGCGGUCAUGCCGAUUCAAAGGCUGUGAUUCUUAGAAAAGCUGUACGUUAUAUUCAGAAUCUAGAAUCCGAAGUUGAGAAAUUAAGGCAACAGAAUGGCAAUCUCUCACCUAAAACAGGGUCCAUUACAUCGGGUGAUUCUGACGCAUCGCCUGAUAUAUCUGCCAAAACAUUAUCAAAUGGCAUGAAUGCAGCUGCUGCUGGUAAUCUAGGUCGAAAUAGUUGUGCAAUGUCUACUUUUAAUGGAACAUCACCGGUUAACGUAGCAAAAAACAAGAUCUACACAAACGAGUCACCAACUCCUACUACUACUACACAUUUCUAUCAUCAGACGAAAAAAGCUUCAAUCGAACAUAAUUAUCAGAACGUGCCGGAUACCUGGCAUUCCUCGCGCGCUUCUUUACACACCCCUUCGCCAAUUUCAUCAGCGAUCAGUAGUGAUGAAGAGCCAAAUUAUAAAAACGAAGACAUUGAAUGGAAACGUUCAAUAUCACCGAUAAGUAAUCACGAUGAAGAUUAUACGAAAUCACGGCCACCGCCAACAUUUAAUGGAUACGAGCAAACUAACGCGAAGAUCACCGCGUGA